AUGUCACAAUUACAGAUGAUAAGAAAAGCGGGUUAUCCCGCGGAGACUCACGUAGUACAAACGGAGGAUGACUAUCUUUUAACACUUCAUCGGAUUCCAAAUAAUAAUGGUUCACCCGUGCUAUUGCAACAUGCUCUUUUGUCUAGUUCCGCCGAUUUUGUCGUUCUCGGCAAGAAUAAAGGACUUGCUUUCAUAUUAGCCAAUCACGGGUAUGAUGUUUGGUUAGGCAAUUUUCGUGGAAAUACUCAUUCGAGAGCACAUGUCUUUUUAUCUCCGUCAGAUUCAAAAUUUUGGAAUUUUAGCUUUCACGAAAUGGGUAUUUACGAUAUACCCGCGAUGAUCUUAUAUAUUACAAAAAUAACAUCGCAACCAUUGCACGCAUAUAUCGGCCAUUCACUAGGCACGACUGCUUCUUACGUAAUGGCAGCGGAACGUCCAGAAAUCGCUCGAAUGGUGCGAAUGAUAAUCAGCUUUGCACCUGCGGCUUUUCUGAAACACGUAACAAGUCCAUUAACAUUGGUCUCCUCUUUCAUAGCAAAUAAUCAGAGGAAGAGGUAA